UGAUUUCUUUUAUAUUCUUCUUUUUGUCUUUUUCUGUUUUCAAAAUAGAUUUCAGUCGUCGUUUUCUUUUCUGUUCGAGGAAGGAGAAGAGGAAAAAGGGGGACGACGGGCAAGGAUCGGCGGAUCUUGGCAAAAUGGCAGAUCAAACGGCGAAGGGGGAAGAGUUCGAGAGGAAGGCGGAGAAGAAGCUUACGGGAUGGGGAAUAUUCGGAUCGAAGCACGAGGAUGCUGUAGAUUUGUACGAGAAGGCGGCGAAUUGUUUCAAGCUCGGAAAGAACUGGGACAAAGCUGGAGCAGUAUACACCAAGAAGGCAAAUUGCCACUUAAAGUCAGAUAGCAAACAUGAAGCAGCAUCAGCUUAUGUGGAUGCGGCAAACUGUUAUAAGAAAAUUUCAGCUGAAGAUGCUGUACAAUCUCUAAAUCAGGCUGUGAAUCUUUUCUUGGAUAUUGGUAGACUGACUAUGGCUGCAAGAUACUGCAAGGAAAUUGGUGAAAUUUAUGAGCAAGAGCAGAACUUAGAGAAAUCUAUGGAUUACUUUGAGCGGGCAGCAGAUCUUUUUCAAAGUGAAGAGGUUACAACUUCUGUAAACCAGUGUAAGCAGAAAGUUGCUCAAUUUGCCGCUCAGCUGGAACAAUACCCCAAAGCUGUUGAGAUUUUUGAAGGAAUAGCAAGGCACUCGAUUAACAACAGUCUUCUCAAGUAUGGUGUAAAGGGAAUUCUCCUUAAUUCUGGUAUCUGUGAGAUUUGUAAAGGCGACAUUGUUGCAAUUAAUAAUGCACUCGAGAGAUAUCAGGACCUCGAUCCAACUUUUUCAGGCACACGGGAAUACAAACUUUUGGCUGAUUUAGCAGCUUCAAUGGAUGAGGAAGAUGUUGUAAAGUUUACUGAAGCCAUUAAAGAAUUCGAUAGCAUGACUCGAUUGGAUCCUUGGAAAACCACCCUUCUGCUGCGCGCAAAGACUGCACUGAAAGCUAAUGAAGAUAAUCUCACUUAAUUUCCAGAUUGAAGGUUUGAGUGAGCUAUUUGAGCUAUAUUUUUGAAUCUUUAUGGAACUUAUAACCAUUUAAUCAGCAAGGUUCAACAUUCAGUGGAACCAGCUUUGAUAUAUAUUUUUGAAUGUUCAUAUUUGAGAGUUUUGAUUCAUUCUUU